UCAAACCUCGCUCGCUCGGUCAAAAUUUGGUCAAAUCUCAAAAAUCAUUGCAUUCAAAUUCGACUAAUACUGUGUAGUUUUUUAAGAAUUUUUUAUAGUAAUUUUAUGAAAGCAUUGAAAACUACCUUAUACUUACCUACCUCAUAGCACUUUCGUGUUUUCUAUUAGAUGCGCAAGAAUUAUUUGUUUUAGUUUAUUCUUAUUUAGGUCACAAAAUGAGCACUACUUAUCGUAGUAGAGGAAGUUCACGUGUAAAAGAUGGUCAAGUUUCAGACACACCUCAAACUACCACCAACAUAUCUACAUCAAAAGCAAUAAUUUUAGUUGUUUUAAUAUUUAUUGCAUCAUUAUUUGCAUUAGUCCUGCUAUCUAGACAAUUUCCAAAACUGGAGGAACAUGAAAACCAGCAUUUGAGAUUACCUCUGAACCUUGAGGAUGCUAAGCAGUUGGGUCUAGUGCUAGACCGAUAUAAGGAUAAAUACUUUUUCCAAGUUUUGUCUGGAUUGUGCUUAGUUUAUGUGUUUUUGCAAACAUUUGCAAUACCUGGAUCUAUAUUUCUUAGUAUCCUUUCAGGAUUUCUGUUUCCAUUUUAUUUAGCUCUACUCUUAAUUUGUUGCUGUUCAGCAAUUGGAGCAAGUUUAUGUUUCUUUUUGUCGCAUCUCCUUGGCAAGCGUUUGAUAGCACGCUUCUACCCUGCACAGGCAGCACAAUGGGCAGCCACAGUUAAAAGGCACAAAAAUAAUUUGCUGAAUUAUAUUAUAUUUUUAAGAGUGACACCGUUUUUGCCAAAUUGGUUCAUUAAUUUGACGGCGCCUGUGAUUGGCGUCCCUUUAGUGCCAUUUGCUUUGGGAACAUUUAUAGGAGUUGCUCCACCAUCUUUUGUAGCUAUUCAAGCUGGUCAGACCCUCCAUACGCUGACCUCCACAAGUGACGCAUGGUCAUGGACAUCCAUUAUAGUGUUGACUGUAUUUGCAGUGGUCUCAUUAGUGCCAGUAUUAUUGAAGAAACAGCUUAGAGAAAAGUUUGACUGAAAAUCUGUUAGGUGUGUUUUAGCAAAUUAUAAUAUAAAGUUUAUUUAUAACUAAAUAAAAUGGUGUUAUGUACAUUCCAA